AUGUCCGUCCCUAGCAACUAUGAAGAACCCGGUGACGACGAGAGCCGCAGCGAGAAGAGCCACGAGGACAAAAGCCACGACGAUGAGAGCCACGACGAUGAGAGCCAUGACGAGGAGAGCCGUGACGACGAGAGCAGUGAUGACGAGAACACCUACAGGCACAACACCUAUGACAUAAAUGCAAAAGUCGACCUUCAAAAAACAGGCAUAAAGCGUUGCGAGAUGCGUCUGGAUGAUCCAGUACGUUUUGGAAUCAUCGGGCACUGCAUCCUGGGAUGUGCAUGCUGUCAACAGAUAAAUGACUACUACCCUAAAAUAACCGCACUCGAUGCAUCUAUCGACCGGGAAAGGCUGGCCCUGGAGAGCGAUAACCCGUUUCAUCGUCUUCGGAUGGCGGACCCGCAGGUCCAGUCUCAGGUCCAGCUAGUAUCGGCUUCCACUGACCGGGAGUUUCCGCCGGGAAAAGCAGUCGACCCCGAGUCAGUCGAAGAGCAGGUGAAUUCAUGGCAUUCGGAUUCCACGGUGACAAUGACUGAAGACAAGGUUGCCAUCGGAGAAGAAGACCUGGUCGGAGAAACAUCUGAUUCGAACCCGCCCUCGAACGAGGAAGAGGGGAAGUCUGGUCUUGGGGGCUGGUUCUUUCCGGCACGCAAGUAA